ACCAAAAUCAGGUUAACAAAUAACCAGAGAUAACCGGUCUCUGUAGUAUACUCAAAUGGUUAGUUUUUGCCGAUGGUGGUGCCCUAAACUCGAAAAAAAGAUGGCGGCGUUUUUGCAAACUAACAUCCGUCUGGAGAUCAUACCGGGAAGAUACAGUUCUCUCACCGAUCAUAAGUUUCGUGCGCCGUAUCGAAUUAGGUGCGCCGCCGCUUCACCGGUGAAAAAACGGUAUAACAUCACUCUGCUUCCCGGCGAUGGUAUCGGUCCAGAAGUUAUAUCUGUUGCUAAGAAUGUGCUUCAGAAAGCUGGAUUUCUCCAAGGACUAGAGUUUGAUUUCCAGGAGAUGCCUUUCGGCGGAGCAGCUUUGGAUUUGGUCGGAGUUCCAUUGCCGGAGGAAACUUCCACUGCUGCUAAACAGUCUGAUGCCAUUCUUCUUGGAGCUAUCGGAGGGUACAAAUGGGACAAGAAUGAGAAACAUCUGAGACCUGAGAUGGGUCUGCUUAACAUUCGAAGAGAUCUCAAUGUCUUUGCUAAUUUGAGACCUGCUACAGUUUUACCACAGCUAGUUGAUGCUUCCACACUGAAGAAAGAAGUAGCACAAGGUGUUGAUAUGAUGAUUGUAAGGGAGCUCACUGGAGGUAUUUACUUUGGAGAGCCAAGAGGCAUUACGAUCAACGAAAAUGGCGAAGAAGUCGGUUUUAAUACAGAGAUCUACGCUGCUCACGAGAUUGACAGAAUUGCUCGUGUUGCAUUCGAGACUGCUAGGAAAAGGCGUGGCAAGCUGUGUUCUGUUGACAAAGCCAAUGUCUUGGAUGCAUCAAUAUUGUGGAGGAAAAGAGUAACAGCUUUAGCCUCUGAAUAUCCAGAUGUUGAACUAUCACAUAUGUAUGUCGAUAAUGCUGCGAUGCAGCUUGUCCGUGACCCGAAACAGUUUGACACAAUCGUCACCAAUAACAUUUUUGGUGAUAUAUUGUCUGAUGAAGCUUCAAUGAUCACUGGUAGCAUUGGGAUGCUUCCAUCUGCAAGUCUUGGUGAAUCGGGACCUGGACUCUUUGAACCUAUACAUGGUUCAGCACCAGAUAUAGCUGGACAAGACAAGGCAAACCCAUUGGCCACCAUUCUCAGUGCGGCGAUGCUUCUCAAGUAUGGACUUGGAGAAGAAAAGGCUGCAAAGAUGAUUGAAGACGCGGUCGUGGAUGCUCUGAACAAAGGUUUCAGAACCGGAGACAUCUACUCCCCCGGAAAUAAACUGGUGGGAUGCAAGGAAAUGGGUGAGGAGGUUCUCAAAUCAGUGGACUCCAAAGUUCCUGUUUAAGAAAAGUGUGUAGCCCUUGGUUUUACUGUUACUUUUUUGCUAAUACAUGUAUUAGAAACUGUAUUCUUGUAGCUUUUAUAAUAAUAAAAUAUUUGGGAUCGAUUCUGCAAUUCAAAGACAAAAUUCUCCAAGAACAUUUGACAAGUCUCCUGCCUCAGUACCUUGUUCUUGAAGAUUGAGAAGUUCUCGCCAACUACAAAACUCAACAUCUUCUUCAAUCAAUAUUUGUUAAACGAAUAAAGUUUCAAGAGAGACAAGAAACUAUGUUUUUUAGCCGCUAGAGUAUUACAUUUUUCUACUGAAAAACCAAACUUAUAAAACAUAACAUUUAUAAAUCCGAAAACAACUAUCAAUCAUCAGGUUAGCCUUUGGAUUCACGACG